AUGGAAAUAUUUAAAAAAAACGAAAAUGCGGAAGUUGAGUGCGAUUUCGUGCGCGUUGAGUGCUUUGAUGCACAAAAUAAAACAAUCGAUCAGACGCUGCACACACAAAUCGUCGAGACAACGCAAAGUGUCAUCGACCCAAGCGAGAAGAUCACUCCCACGAACACUCAGCUAUCUCCAAAAUUGAUCUUUCGGGAAUUCGAGAGAAUUGGCUACAAAACUUUCUACAGUGAGGAAUACAUCGAAGGAUCCACAUUCACCUACCCGAAAUGUAAGGGUUUCAAAAAUCGUGAGGCUCAUCACCUUUUUCGUCCAUUCGUCUCCAGUCACCACAAGGAAAGCGUUCUAAAAAACUAUAUGAGCACUCAAAAUUGCUUUGAAAUGCACAAAGCCCAGCUUGAUUAUCACGCGAAAUUCAUGAGAGCCUAUAAAAGGAAAUAUCUAGAAAAACCAAAAUUUGGCCUCACUUGGGUCGGUGCACUUGCUCAUGAUGACACAAAUGCUCUCUUUCAUGCGGAUGAAGAUUUUGAGAAACUCUUCAAAUCAAACGCCGAUGUUCUCUCGAAUUCGUUCGUGAUUUUCAUGAGCGAUCACGGGAUGAGAGUUGGAGCGACUCUUCAAACCGAGUUGGGACAAAGAGAGCAGAAAAAUCCAAUGUUUUUGAUGAUUUUACCGAAAUGGUUAAGGGAUAAUCAACAGCUGCUUCAAAAUCUGAGGAUAAACUCGAGAAAAUUGUUGACUCAAUUUGAUGUUCAUGCCACACUGCUUGACAUCAUGAAUAUGACAAUCACAAAUGAGUUCAAUGAUUUCACAGAACGACCAAUCUUCCCCAACUCAUCCAACCCAAACAAUGCAACCUCUUUUCUACGUCCAGAUCCCAAUAUCGAAAAGGGUUUAGCCGAGUUCGGAGUCGAAGAGAUCAAUAAAAUUUUGGAGAAAAACAAAAUCCCGCGAAAAUGUGAUCGACUCAAGCUAAAAAAUGUUGAAAAGACGAUCGUUUAUUUGCCGGCAAAUCAAACAAAUUUGUACAUGACGACUUUUAUCGCUGAGCCUGGAUUGGGACAUUUCAAAAUGGCCGUUCGAGUGGGUGAAGGCGGUACAUUGAGACGAGCGUCAGGCAUUGAACGACUAAAUUCUUUCGGCAUUCAACCACGAUGCAUCGAGAAAUCUCAUCCGGAUUUUCGACAUUUGUGCCACUGUAAUGGACGAGGGUUCUUGCUA